AUGUGGACAGCAUCGUCUCCAAAUUCCUGCAGAUCUCCGCCAGCCAGUGCCCUGAACAUCAGCGUCUGUCCCCUGACGGAGGCGGCCGGCCGCUUCACCGUCAUCCUCUACAACCCCCUGGGCCGCCGUGUCUCCUGGCCCAUCGGCCUGCCGGUCACCGGGGCGUCCUGCGCAGUGCCGGCCCCCCAGGGCCAGCCUGUACCCAGCGAGGUCGUCCCCGUCUCCAACUUCACCCGCCGGCUGCGGGAGGGUGGCGGCAGCGCCGUGUGGGAGCUCCUCUUCCAGGCCUCCGCGCCCCCUCUGGGCUUCAGCACCUUCACAGUGCUGAGCCGUGGGGACCCCCGUGCGCACCCCGCCCGCACCCCGGUGUUGUCGCAGCCUCGGGAGAUCCAGAAUGAGCACCUCCGGGUGCUCUUCGACCCCCUCACCGGGCACCUGAAGGAGAUCCAGAACCUGGACAAGAGCAUCUUGCUGCCCGUCUUCCAGAACUUCUACUGGUACAACGCCAGCGUCGGCAACGACGAAAGCCCCCAGGCCUCGGGCGCCUACAUCUUCCGCCCCAACAGCUCCGAGCCCAUCCCCGUCUCCAGCUCCAAGCGGGUCUCCACACACCUGGUGAAGAACGCUCUGGUGCAAGAGGUCCACCAGAACUUCUCCUCGUGGUGCUCCCAGGUGGUGCGGCUCCACGCGGGGCAGCCCUACGUGGAGCUGGAGUGGACCGUGGGGCCCAUCCCCGUGGCGUGA